GCUCUUAGAUUUAUAUAUAUACAUACAUCAUCUCUCUCUCUCUCUCACGUACUCACGUAACAGCUACCAAAUAAGUCACAUCAUAUCAUCUCAUCACUCGCUCGCUAUAUAUAAGGUCAGGUGCAGUGGUGAUCGAGAGGAUUCGAGGUGCACGCCUUCAAUUUGUUGGCGCCGCCGUUGCAUCGUCUCGUCGCCGUAGAACUGUACGUAUAUGCGCAUGCAAGCCUCCUUGAUGAAUUUCUAGCUAGCCAGCAGCUUAUUGCAAUCGCCGGCCACCAGCAGAUUGAAGCUAGCUAGCAGUCCCUACAUAUAUAUAAUGGCACCACCAAGGAGGCCGACGACGUUACCACCGCCGCCGCCACCCAGCAGCUUGGUGAUGAUGGGGCGGCGGCGCUGGCGUUCGUCUCUGGCCUCGGGCCUACGCGCCGCCCUGUCCUGCACCAUCGUCGGCCUCGCCUCCCUCUACGCCCCGCCAGCCCUCCGCCGCCACAUCACUUUCCCGGCCUUCUCCUACGUCGUCACCGUCAUCAUCGUCACGGACGCCACCCUCGGCACGGCCCUGCGCGGCGCCGUCGGCGCGCUCCACGCCACGCUCAUGGGCGCUGUGCCCUCCGUGCUGGCGCUCUGGCUCGCGCACCGCACCGGCGCCGCCGAGUCCGUGCUGGCCACGUCGGCCGUCGUCGCGCUCACCACCUUCGCGGUGGCGCUGCCGGAGUCGGUGGGCCCGGUGGCCAAGCGGAUCGCGCUGGGGCAGAUUAUCAUCAUCUACGUGGCCAGGUUCCAGCAGGGGGAGCGCCCCACCCGGGACUUUGCUCUGAUGCACCCGGCCAACGUGGUGGCGUGCACGGCGCUCGGGGUGGCGGCGGCGCUGCUGGCCGUGCUGCUGCCCGGCCCGAGGCUGGCCACGCGGGAGGCCAGGGACAAGACCAGGGCGUACAGGGAGCUUGCGGCGGAGAGGGUCAGGGUCAUGGCCGACGCCGCCAUCGUCGUCAUUGGCGAGGCAGCUGCAGCGUGCAGCCGGCAGCGGCGGUGGCAGAUGGCGGCGCGCACGUCGGAGGCCAACCGGCUGGCCUCGGCGAGCACCGCCCUCCUCCACCGCGUAAACGCCAUCAAGGAGGACGUGCAGUGGGAGCGAGGAGCAGCAGCAGCAGUGGACGACGGCAUGGCGGCCAUGGUGGAGAUGCCACUGACGGGAAUGCAGAUGGCGCUCGCGAUGAUGAUGGACAACAAGUGCAAGCAGCAGCUGCUAGACCAUCACCAUCAUGCCGACCUCAUCAUGGAGAUGAGGGACCAGAUACGCCUCGCCCUCCUCACGCCCAACAACAAGCAGACUGCUGCUGCUGCUGCUCCUGGUGGUGGUGGUUUUAUCCGGCGAUCCAGCUCCAAGCCGCAGAUCAGCUUGUGCUUGCCAAAGACGACGACGUUGCAGCCGCAGCAACUGGCUCCCUGGCUGUUCCUCUUCUCCCUCUAUCAGCUCAGAGGAGCGGCAUCCGGCUUGUUGGUCGCCAAUAAUGGAGCCAAUGCCGGUGUCAACAAGAAGGUCGCGCCAGCAGCAACGGCGGCCCAAGAAUCCGACUUGCCGGGCGACGACGACGACGAAGAAGAAGAAGAACGGCAACAAGCAGCCACUGCAGGAGAAGGGAAACGGUUGGCUAAUAAUGACGCCGAUUGUUCGACGACGACCAAGAACAACCACCCCUGCUGGUUCUGGCGGCGGCUCGUGGCGGCUGCCAAGUGCGGCUUGUCGCUGGGCCUCGCCGUCCUGCUGGGCCUGCUCUUCAGCAACGACCACGGCUUCUGGUCGGGCCUCAUCGUCGCCACCACCAUCACCACGGGCCGCGAGUCCACCUGGGCUGUGGCCGCAGCGCGGGCCCACGGCACCGCCCUGGGCUCCGUCUACGGCGCGCUGGGCUGCCUGCUCAUCUCGCAGCAGCGCCUCCUCACCAUGGACCUGCGCUUCCUGGCGCUGCUCCCCUGGAUGGUCCUCGCCACCUUCCUCAAACGCAGCCGCGCCUACGGCCCUGCCGGCGGCGUGGCGGCCGCGCUGUCGGGCAUCAUCAUCAUGGGGCGCCGCUACGGCGAGCCUGCCAUGGCCUUCACGGUCGCCCGCCUCGUGGAGACCUUCAUAGGCAUCUCCUGCGCCGUUCUGGCUGACAUCAUCUUCCAGCCAGGGGCGAGGCCGUCGGUGCAGGCAAGGGAGCAGCUCACCCGCUGCAUCGCCGCGCUUGCAGCCGCUGAUGAUCCAUCGCAGUCACAGCUGAAGAGCCUGCAGUCGCAGCUGGCCCUGCUCAGGAGACAUGCGGCGGAGGCCGGCAGCGAGCCCUCCUACCUGUGGCUGCCGCCGUUCCCGGCGGCCUGCUACGACAAGAUCCAGGGCAGCCUCGGCAGGAUGGCACAGAUGCUGCAUCUCUACCACCAGGCACGCAUGGCGGUGGACGUCGGCGAUGACGACAUGUUCCAGCGGCGCUUCCGCAGCCUCGUCUCCAGCUCCCUGAGACACUGCCACCGCAUGCUGCAGGCACCCGCCGACGCUAUUAUGUCAUCGUCGUCUUCGUCACCUGAUCAUCAGGAGGCCAAGGACCUUGAGGCUGGGAAUGCCAUUACCUCCUCCACCUCCUCCUGCUGCUGCUGCUUCAAGGAGGACGACGACCGAGAAGAGGAGGCAACGACACCGGAGGAGGUGGUGGACUCCUUCCUAGCACAUGCAGGAGAGGCAGCUGCCUUGCUGGAUGACGACGACGACGGCGAUGAAGCCCACGCAGAGGAGGAGGAGAAGGGGCUGCUGGUGUGCUGCCUGGCCUCCAUGGGACUGUGCAUGGGAGAGAUCAUCAGGGAGGCCCUGCGGCUGGAGGCGAACAUCAUCGACCUCAACAACCUGCAACGACCUCAUCACUGAUGACCGAGUGUGAUCAUGCAUAUGUUAUAGUAGAGUCAGUCAAGCAUCAUUCGUACGUCUAGACAAGUCAAUGCAAACUAGUGUGGUCACCCCGGCCGCUCUGAUUCUACAAGUCAAACUGCCCUCAUGGUCAAUUUAGCCAUGUUCAUAGCACUGCACUGAUGAAGACUUGCGCUUUCUUCAUAAUGCAUGGCAAGGGAAUUAGUGCAAAUAAAUGAAGACAUUGGCAUUACUACGUCA